CCCAUAUGGGUUCUUUCCAAAUUGCGAUUUAGUCGAUAAAUGACUGGAAAUAUCAAUCCCCUCAUUUAUGCAAGGAAAUUGCUUAUAAAUAGAAGUGGCGGAAUCUAUGUUACUUUCUACGGUUAACCAACGGUCUUCUCUGCAAUCAAAUACAAGGAAACGGAUUUUAGCGCAUGCCUCGAAAACUUGAAGCUCUGUUUCUGUGUGUAACGACUAAUGAGAAUUCUACGAAUUUCUCGUAGUACUUCUAAGCUGAAACAAUUUUUUCUGUGUGAAAGUAAAUCUUGUCAGUUGCACAUAAUCUUCCAACGUCAACGCCACCGCUACAGUUCCAAAUCCUGCUCUUCAUACUCUAAUCUCUUGGUGGGGAAAGACCCAACUGCCAUUGCCACUGCUCUUUACCUCUCUGAGAAUACAAAAUCAUAUUUUCUGGGUACCCAAAUACAUGGGCAUGUCAUCAAGUUAGGACUCACUAGUGACGUUUUUUCACAGAAUAAUCUUGUGAAGAUGUACUCAAAAUUUGGGGAAUUGAAUUAUGGGCUUAAUGUGUUCGAUGAAAUGUUACAAAGAAAUCUUGUUUCUUGGACUUUAAUUAUCUCGGGUGCCUUUCAAAAUGGUGAAUUUGAUUUGGGUUGGGAGAUUUAUUUGGACAUGAUGAGAAGUGGGUUGAGGCCAAACGAGUUCACUUUCGGCAGUGUUAUGAAAGCGUGCGCUAUCAUGGGAGCUUAUGAAUUUGGUUUGUGUAUUCAUGGUUUUGCUUUGAAAAUUGGGAUGGAGAAGAACCCUUUCGUGGGUAGUUCUAUGUUAAACAUGUACGCUAAGUUGGGGGAUAUUGAAUCGUCUAAGAGAGUAUUUGAGUGUAUGGACAAUCUUGAUGUUGCUUGUUGGAAUGCUAUGGUUGGAGGGUAUGCACAAUGUGGCUGUAGCUUUGAAGCCUUGAAGAUUGUAUCUUUGAUGCUGUAUAGGGGUGUAAAAAUCGACCAGUUCACCUUGGUUAAUGCUCUUAAGGGGUGCUCGAUUAUGGGAUACUUAGAAUAUGGUAAACAGCUUCAUGGAAUAAUCAUGAGGCGUGAGAUUGAAUCUAGUGCUUCAGUGACGAACGCUCUCCUGGAUAUGUAUUUCAAGAAUGAUGGAAAGGACUCAGCUCUGAAAGUUUUCAAUAGAAUGCAAAAUAAAGAUGUUAUAUCAUGGAAUACUGUAUUUGGUGGCUUCCCUCAAGAAGAGGAUGCAAGAGAAAUAGCAAUCUUAUUUUAUGGUUUCAUGCUGACAGGAUUAAAGCCCAGCCAUAUCACUUUCUCAGUCCUGUUUAGAAAAUGUGGCGAGCUACUGGAUCUCGAUCUCGGGCUUCAAUUUUUUUCACUUGCCUUACGUCUUGGAUUUUUUUAUGAAGUUAAUGUCACAAGCUCAAUAAUCAAUAUGUUCUCUAGAUGUGGGGCAGUGGAGAUGGCACAUUUAGUGUUUGACCACAUAAAUAUCAGAAACAUAAUUACUUGGAAUGAGUUGAUUUCUGGGUACAAGGUAAUAUGUCAAUACACGGAAGCUCUUAAGAUUUUUUGUAAUUUAUGGGAGUUGGAAGUUAAACCAGAUGAAUAUACCUUCUCCGGCAUUUUGGAGGCUUGUUGUGAAUGUGGAAAUCAACAUAUGGGAAGACAAAUUCAUGGUGCUAUUCUUAAGUCCGGUUUUGCUUCUCAUGGAUAUGUCUGCAGUUCAUUAAUUAAAGCUUAUAUUACAUUUGGUCUCCUAGAUGACUCCUUUGAAUUUUUUAAUGAUGUUAAUAGAUUAGAUUUGCCAUCCUGGGGGGCAAUGAUAUCUGCGUUGGUGCAUCAAGGUUACAAUCGUGAAGCUAUUAGAUCUUUCAACUCUCUAACAGAAGCUGGUGAGAAGCCCGAUGAGUUUAUUUUGGGGAGCAUUUUGAAUAGUUGUGCCACUGUUGCAUCUUAUCACCAAAUUAAGUCUAUCCAUCCACAUGUUAUAAAAAUGGGAUUCGACAAACAUGUGUUUGUUUCUAGUGCAGUUAUAGAUGCUUAUGCAAAAUGCGGAGACCUUGAGAGCUCGAGAAUGGCUUUCGAACAGUCAUUUAUAUCAAAUGAUGUGAUCAUAUAUAAUACUAUGAUCGCAGCUUAUGCCCAUCAUGGUCUUGUUAUGGAAGCUCUCGAAAUCUUUGAGAAAAUGAAGUUGGCUAAUCUACAGCCCAGCCAAGCCACAUUUGUGUCAGUUAUAUCAGCUUGUAGUCAUAUGGGUCUUGUUGAUCAAGGUCGUCUUUUGUUUGAAUCAAUGAACUUUAACUAUGGGAUGGAACCAUCUCCGGAUAAUUAUGGUUGCUUAGUUGAUAUGUUGUCACGAAAUGGAUACCUUGCUGAUGCUAAACACAUAAUACAAGUGAUGCCUUUUCCUCCUUGGCCUGCUAUUUGGAGAUCCUUGCUUAGUGGUUGUAGGAUACAUGGGAACAGAGAAUUGGGAGAAUGGGCAGCUCACAAUUUACUUAAGAUGGUCCCUGAGAACGAUGCAGCUUAUGUAUUGUUAUCGAAGGUUUAUUCUGAAGGGGGUAGUUGGGAAGAUGCUGCAAAGGUGAGGAGGGGGAUGAUUGAGAGAGGUGUUUCAAAAGACCCAGGGUAUAGUUGGAUUGAGAUAUAGCAAAAAAUAUAUUGCGACGCCUCAAAAAGUUAGUCUCACAUUAAAUGUGUGGAUUAUCCAUAUCGAGCAGGUGGAUUAUAAAGGAAUUUAUGAGUGCUAUGUGCCACAUGGGUUCCCUUACUAGUUGAGACUAGGCUUUACUAGUGAUUUUAGAGAGCUCCAAUUGCAAUUUGACUAGUCCUUUUGGAGUUGUGCAAAUGUGGCUAGUUCCUUUCUCAGAUCGUUGCAAAUAGUAUCAAAAUAACCUAGUAACACUAUGUGGUGUUGAAGCACGAUAUGAUGUAGAUCUUAAUGAGGACUUCAUGGAUUUAAGUGGGGGGAUUGUAACACCCCAUAAAGUUAGUUCCACAUUAGAUUGGUGGAUUGUCCACAUUGAGUGUAUAGAUUACAAAUGUGCCUUGGGAGCUAAAUUCCACAUUGGUUCCUUAAUAGGUGAGAAUGGCCUUUAUAAGUGGUUAUAAGGAGCUCCAAUUGCAACUUGAGUAAACUUUUGGAGUGGCACAAAUGUGACUAGUACUUUUCUUGAGUUGUUUCAUUCAUCCUCCUUUGCAAAGAAGCUAUUAAACGGCUUCCGAAGAGCUUAUUGGAUGAUUACCCUUCAAAAACUUUAGGGAAAGAGAUUCAGCUUCCAACAAAUGAAGCCUAAGCAUGCAAGUUAUUCGUUCUACGCAGACAGGUCUACACUUUUCUUUUAUUGACUGCAGGGACAGCUAAGCAUUUCACCUUUUUCUUCUUGGCUUCUUUGUGAUUUGCUUGGAAAAGCCUUUUUACUUUCUCAACCCAUUGCAAGAAUGUAAGUAAGCUGGCAAUGAAAUUAUGGUUUGUAGUGGGUAUGAUUGAAUUUGAGUCCUUGUCUAUAUUUGGAAGGCCAAAUUCCUAGACAUACCAGUCUCUAUUUCAUCUCACAAUAGUGCUAGUUCUUGGGGGGAGAAAAAACAUGCUAAUAUUAUGCUCAAAUUGACAUGCUGUAUAAUGGAACAGAAGCAAUGAAAAUAUCUAUGAUUUGAAGAGUCGUGCUAAAUUGAUGCAGCCAUGAAUAUUGUAGUUCAGUUUUUCUGUGUUUCUACUGCUAUAUGUGGCAAAAAUAUCUUUGAGAAGUUGAGAAUAGUAAACUUUGGGAAGUCUGGGAGUUGGGGCAGUUUAAAUUCUGGGAGAAGUUUAGAAUCAGGAUGCUAUGAGCAAGCAUUGCUGCAGUCAUCUAUUCUUCAUUGCUUACUGUUAUC